AUGGGGGCGGGGACGCUGUGGAAGCACGCCUGCAGAGAGGCCACUGAAGAGAGCAUUCCUACAACAAAAUGCUGGUGUCUGCGGGGUCAUGCCCGUAGGAGGUCUUUAGGUCGUGGGGGUGUGGCCUCGGAGGGAGGAACUGGCGCCAGUUUUGAUUAUUUACUGCAAGGCUGGCCUCGCUUCUUUCUUUGCUCCCUGGUUCUUCCUGUGAUCGUCCGUCCAAGAACGCCAUAUUGUGGAGCCGUCGGAUCCAGACUUGAUUCCGAGCUGUAGCGGAAAGAAGCCUUGUCUUUCCCAAAGAAGCCCCUCUCAGUUGCAGGUUUGACCCGUUGGAUUCAUCACACUCGGGUGAAGCUGGCUCCCCAUGCCACCUGGUCAUCCAGCCUGGUUCCUGGGGAACUGCUAAAACUCCGCGUGUCCAAGAACCCCGACAGCUACCCUCUCCGGAAAAAGCUCGCCUGACCCAGAAACCAACACCUUGCCCUGACCACACACCGGAAGCUGGUCAGUCUACGCACGGUGGAAGCUUGAGGAAUCUACAGCCUUUGCUCCGGCUGCAGACUUCAGGGCCAAAUGGUCAAGGCGUGGUGGAAGCCUAGAAAACCCAGCAAGGGACACUUGGGAACUGGGGUCAUGAUGUCACCCUAUUCCUUUGGGACUAAUGAUAAAUUUGACCUUGCUGAUGUCCAUACGUCUAGCCGAGGCUGUCCCAAAGGACAGCUGGCUACAAAGAGUUGCUCUAGCCGUGUUCUAUGUAGGAAUAGUACAUUUAUUAGGAGGAAUCUUUUCUUUCUUAUAGUAGUCUGUGGUUUGCUAAGCUCCAGGGUGCAUGGCCAGGUUAGUCUCCAGGGCACUUGGGUUUUUGAGCUACUCCCCCAAGACCUGAUGAACGCUGUUGCGUCGGCCACUUGGAUUCCAGGUCAACAAACUGUCAGCCUUACUUUUGAUGGGUGUGCGCUCCUAGACUUUGCCAAAGAUAGCACCUACCGCUGCUCCUACUGGGGGUCCCAUGCCAAUUACCGCCUGGCCGACAUCUACCUCUGUGGUGGCCCCACUCCUACCCAGGCCAAUACAUGCACCCAAUAUUGCACAUCUGGGUGGGGCUGCGAGUCCUGGGUUGUUAAUGCCCCAGGCACUCAGGGGCUCCAGGACAUCUGGGCGCCGAAACCUCGGCCUGACAUCCCUAUAUCUUUACAAUGGAAUGGUGAAAGGCCACCACCAAAUUGCAGGCAGAACGAGUGUGUUAAUCUCACCCUCACGAUCCUCAAACCCAGCCUGGCCUUGUGGUCUUCUGGAGUCACCCUCCAAUUGGGCCAGUACCACGCUUGGCCUAAUAAGAACCCCAUGGUCCUUUUUAAAGUUAAGGCAAGGUUCGUUCCUCAAGUUGAGGUUCAGGACAUCAAGCCUAAGGCCACCUGGGAAAGGCUUGGUGACUCCAAACUUACCCUGGAACAAUCCAAUGAAACUAAACUUGCCCCACAACAACAUGGUAGUUACAACCUCCCCUCAAAACGAGAGCCUAUGGCUCAACUUAUCCAACUGGUCAACCUCAUCCAUGCUGCCCUCAACCUAGUCAACCCAGACUUGGCAAGGGACUGCUGGAUCUGCAUGACCCCAGGGCCCUUACGAUAUGUUGGAUUAGCUGUCAAUUCCUCCGCAACCCUCCCCUCGAGUCAGGCGUCCACAGACUCACUCCUGAUGGCCCCAGUCCCCAUCUAUGGAAAUUCUGCUAUUCUAACUGGGUCUAGCAGGGUCUGUGCUCCCAACCACACUGCCCUGGCCUGCUCACAUGGUGUCUUUUCCUGUGUCGUGCCAGGCAACAACUCUUGCCAGAUAGUUAGUCUGCUGCCUGAUCUCUCCCUGAUCCCGGGGUCUCAGGCCCCCUCCUUGCCUGACCUCCCACAGAGAUAUAAACGCAGUCCGGUACCGGCGAUUCCUCUGGCUGUUGCUCUUCUGGCCACAGCUGAAGCCACUCCGGAGGCCAUGGGCUCAGGGCUGUCCCAGGCUCAGUACCAGGUUCUCACUGAACAAAUCAUUACUGAUUUUGGAGACCUGACUCAGUCUGCCUUGGCCCGCCAACAACAGUUAGGCCCCUUGGCCAGUUUGAUUCUGCAAAAUCGUCGAGACCUAGCUCUCCUGACCGCUGCCCGUGGAGGCCUCUGUCUGUACCUCCGAGAACAGUGCUGCUUCUAUGCUAAUAAGUCGGGCGUGGUUCUGGAGACUCAGCGACAGCUUCAGUACAGAAUCAAUGAAAGACGUGGGGCUCUGUCACCGUCCACAUGGUGGGACUCCCUGGCACAUUGGCUUCCCUGGAUAUCACCUUUUAUUGGGCUCCUGGUUUUCCUGCUAUUGAUGGCUGCUGUUGGCCCCUGCUUGUUCAAAGCCCUUACCCGUUUUAUCGACUCACAAAUUGCCGAAGUCAUUCUCCAACCUCUCCUUACGCAAGGCCAGCCCCUAGAAGAGGAGCUUUUAGAGCUAAAAAGAGCUAAAGCGCCCUAAACAAGAGGAGAGAGAAUGUUACAGACCCUGAUCUCCGGAACUGCUCCCCGCCCCAAAUCAGUCAGGGUGGCCAGCUUGGUCUGGCCCGGCUGCUGCUGACUUCAGGGACCCCUCCCCAUUUUCUAUCGUGCCCAAAGCCCAGCUGCGUGUCUAAGAUCACUGUGUGCCUCACGAAGCUGCCUUGUAAUUGUGACUUACUGGACACUAUGCUUCUGUGUCUCCCAAGAUUUCCUUGUAACUAUGACUUGCUGGUUUAAGGUAGAAAAGUAGAGAAAGACCAGGGAUUGGGGAUUGACUCUUGGGGACACGAGUCCAGUCAAGUCCACAUGCGAGAAUAAACUGUUCACCUUUCCUUCCAAA